GGCCCUGUUUACCCCCUAACACAGAAGACGCACUUGUGUAGCCAGCGCGUAAUGCCGCUUUCUCACCGGGUUUCUGACGUGGGAGCCGGGUAUGCAUGUGCGCGCUCACCCCGUACGCACGACAGGACCGCCUAACCGGUUCAGCAGCGUUUAGCAGCGUCAACCUACAACCCGAUACUUUACUUUGACACCGCAAUCUCGCUCCAAACAACCGAAAAUGUGCGUCAAAACUAUCUUAAACUUCUAAACUCGUGCAAAAAGCGAACCUGCUGAAAGCGUUCCUGGGGGAUCCAAGUCCAUUCGCGGCGAACGUAUCCAAGGAUAUACCACUACUUUCACUUUACGCACUUGUUUUGGAAGUUUUAACUCGACUUUCAGCGGAUUUAACCUGUUUUUUUUUCUUAACAUCACGCAGCAGAGGAUUAUUUGCCGCUUGUUGUCCCACUUUGCAGCCGGACCAGGAUACGGACCGACGCGCACAUCUGUAUCACCAAAAUUAACGCGGUGACGCUGCAGGAACACGUCUGUCACCAUGCCCGUGCGACAGAAAGAUGCCCAGCGCGCUCUGGAGCUCCUGCAGCAGUAUCGCGUCAAACUGGAGCAGAGGCAGAGCUCCGGGUCAGAGGACGACUCGCAGCUCCACUCCAGCCUCGACCGAGUCAUCUCUGUGUUUCAGAGCCAGCUCUUCAACGCUCUGCUCGAUAUCCAGGAGUAUUACGAGCUGACCAUCAUAGCUGACUCCGGAGCCCAGUCUGAACAUGUCCCCUCCUCGACCCCCUCCUCUGCCCCUUCACCUGCCCCUCUCACCCCCACAGCGUCUGGAGAAUCUACAAAACCCAAAAUCUCCCCCAAACCCAAGUCCUUCAAGUCUCCGGCUCCUCCCAUACCCGCCGGAGUCCCGCCAGCCAAACCGACGCCAUCGCCGCUCCAAUCCCAACCGAGCAAGAAGUACCGCGCUCCUCUGCCUCCCGCUGUCUCCAAGUCUUCCGCCGGUGACCCAACUCUGAAAGAAAUGCCACAAAACGGAGAAAAAGACUUGUCCGAUCCCGCUUCUGAGUACUCCACCAUCUCACCCCACCCUCCAGUGAGCGCAGGGGAGCAGGUGGUGGUAUCUGCCCUGGUUUCCAGCACCAUCCAGAGUCUGAUGCCCUCUUCUCCGGCCGAUAAGGGGACGUCCCAUAAUGUUACGCCCAAAAGUCCAAGUUCGAACAGUAAAGAGGCCGCGUCGCAGAAGGGGACCCCCACAGCCCAGAGCCCGAGCGGUUCGACCCAGGGAAAGUUCACCUUCACGGGGAUCAGUCCGACCAUCAGCCCUGGGCCGUUUGCCAAAGGGCCCCUGCUCAGCCCAAAGAGCCCAGGUUCGGGUAAACUGUCCCCGUCCAGCCCCCCUCCUGGUCCACUCAGCCCCAAACCAGUGCUCACCCCAAAGACGCCGGUCAAGGUAGAUUCUCCCGAUGGACUUUUCGAUGAGGAGGCGUGGCCGGGUCCGGACGGGGAGCGAAUCAGUGAAGUCCCCGCUCCACCUUUCUCCUCCCUCUAUCCUCAAAGCCACGCCUACUUUCAGGCCAACCCUCCUCCAGUCGUGGUCAACACAGACAGCGUAGAAACACCCCCAUAUGUGAAUGGAACAGAAGCAGACUACGAGUAUGAAGAAAUCACUCUGGAGCGGGGUAACUCAGGCCUGGGCUUCAGUAUUGCAGGAGGCACAGAUAAUCCUCACAUUGGAGAUGACCCCUCCAUUUUUAUCACUAAGAUCAUCCCUGGAGGAGCAGCUGCACAAAAUGGACGCCUGAGGGUGAACGACUGUAUCGUGCGAGUGAAUGACACAGACGUGCGUGAGGUGACCCACAGUGGAGCGGUGGAGGCGCUGAAGGACGCGGGGGGCCUGGUCAGACUCUGUGUGAGACGCAGACGCAGCCUCAGCGACAGAGUCCUGGACAUCAAACUGGUCAAGGGCCCUAAAGGUCUGGGCUUCAGUAUCGCAGGUGGAGUGGGAAACCAGCACGUUCCCGGUGACAACAGCAUCUACGUGACCAAAGUGAUCGAGGGAGGAGCAGCGCACAAAGACGGACGGCUACAGAUAGGGGACAAACUUAUUGCUGUGAAUGGGACGUGUCUGGAGGAGGUGAGCCAUGAGGAGGCAGUAGCAGCUCUCAAGUCCACUCCAGACGUGGUUUAUCUCAGAGUCUCCAAACACACUUCACUUUUCAUCAACGACAACUUCCCCCCACCGGACGUCACCAACUCGUACUCUCCGCACCAGGACAAUCACGUGCACAGUCCGUACAUGAGCGGCAGUCAGUCCGUAAGCCCCGCCCCCCUGACCACGCCCAGAUACUCCCCUCUGCCUCGCUCCGUGACCGCCGACGAAGACAUCUCCAGAGACCCUCGGCGUGUGGUUCUUCAGCGUGGCUCAACUGGUCUGGGCUUUAACAUCGUGGGAGGAGAGGACGGGGAGGGCAUCUUCAUCUCCUUCAUUCUGGCGGGAGGACCAGCCGACCUCUGUGGAGAACUGCGCAAAGGAGAUCGCAUCCUCUCAGUGAACGGCGUGGAUCUGUCCAGUGCCACUCAUGAACAGGCAGCUGCAGCUCUGAAGAACGCUGGGCACACGGUCACUAUAGUGGCCCAGUACAAACCGGAGGAGUACAGCCGGUUCGAGGCAAAGAUCCAUGACCUGAGGGAGCAGAUGAUGACGAGCAGCAUCAGCUCCAGCUCCACGUCUCUGCGCUCCACUCAGAAACGCACUCUCUAUGUCAGAGCGCUGUUUGAUUUCGAUGGUGCCGAGGGGGACUCCAGCGCCCCGGGCCAGGUUUUGGGCUUCCGAUUCGGGGACAUCCUCCACGUGAGCAGCGCCGGAGAGGAGGAGUGGUGGUCCGCACGGCACCUCAACCCCCCUCCCCCCAACUGCCCCGAGGUGGGGGUCAUUCCCAGCCGCAGGAGAGCUGAGAAGAAAGAGAGGUCGCGACUCAAGACGGUCAGAGUGAACAAGACUCAGGACAGAUCUGACGGAGAUGAUAAAGAGCUGGUCACCUCAGGGACCAGUGAUAGUGAAAGUAGCUGCUGCCAAGAAGAGUCGUACCUCACAUACCAGCCCGUUAUGCAACAAGAAGUGAGCUACACGCGUCCUGUGAUCAUUCUGGGGCUGAUGAAGGACCAAGUCAACGAUGACCUCAUCUCUGAGUUUCCAGACAAGUUUGGCUCCUGCGUCCCACACACGACCCGGCCGCGGCGGGACUAUGAGGUGGACGGCCGGGACUAUCACUUCAUGGCGUCUCGGGAGCUGAUGGAGCGAGAGAUCCAGGAGCACAAGUUCAUCGAGGCCGGACAGUACAACAACCACCUGUACGGCACCAGCAUCCAGUCUGUGCGCCAGGUCGCAGAGAAGGGUAAGCACUGUAUCCUGGACGUGUCAGGGAACGCCAUCAAGCGUCUGCAGCUGGCAGGACUCCACCCCAUCGCCAUCCUCAUCAAACCCCGCAACAUCGAAAACAUCAUGGAGAUGAACAAGCGCCUAACGGAGGAGCAGGCCCGCAAGACCUUUGACCGAGCCAUCAAACUAGAGCUGGAGUUUACAGAGUUUUUCACUGGGAUCGUGCAGGGGUCCAGUCUGGAGGAGAUCUACUCGCAGGUUAAACACAUAAUCGAGGAGCAGUCGGGACCGUACAUCUGGAUUCCCACAAAAGAACGUCUGUGAACGCAGCACCGCCUCCACAACCACCGCCCAUUGUAAUCUUAUCAGCCUGCUUCCUCUGCUCCUCACUUCAACACAAAUCUAUAUAUUCAUCUAUCAAGCACAUACUAGUACAUGGACCUGGCUGGGACUAUCUGGGAGGGGCUUAAGCAUCCCAGCAGCCAACGGGAGGACCCCCUUUGCUCGGUUCCUUAAUGUUUAAGGAAGUGGUGACCGCAACGAAGCAUUGAUAUAAUUAUUGUUAAAACCUUUUUUUUUUCUUGCGUCAAUUCUUGUGUUUUUUUUUUCAUAUUAUCGAAUGCAUAACUCAUGUGUAUGGGGUUGACGAAGAGGAGCUGGACUUUUGCACGCCGUAGCUUUAAGAGCAUGUUUAUAAUGGGGUAUAUGUUGACCUAUGAUCCCUGUCUCUCUCUCUCCUCAAAGCCAUUGUUUCCCAUUGGCCCAUCCAUCUAUUAUUAUUAGUAUUGUAGGAACUAAAUACGAAAUUGAACCCCCCUGACUGUGGCGUAGACUGCAGGAUUAAACUCAACGAAACCAGGAAUCCGUAGGUUGUGUUAAUAUGAUGUUUACAUAUUUAAAUUGGAAGGAAAUGUGGUAGUUUUUGCUUUGUGUCUGAAAUUUUGAGGCUUAUCUACAUACAACAAUAAAAAUUAAAAUCCAUGUAUCCUCUUAAACUACUUUUUUUUUUUUUUUUUUUUGCUUUUGAAAUCAGUGAUAUUCAGAAUAGAUCAACAGAGGUGGGUAAAAGCCAAACAUUAUACUUAUUACUUAAAGCUUCACUCUGUAACUUUUCUGGUGGAGGAUCUGCUACCUACAUUUGUCCAUGGAGAUGUUAUUGCUUUGUUUGGAAUGUCCCAUGGUAUGACAUUAAACAUCCUUAUAGCAUAUAUUCAUUACAGGUGUUUUUAUUGCUCAAAAAUACAGUAAUUCCUUCUGUGAAUAGGGGCGACUCUCCACAGAUCUGAACUGUAAUGUAGCACAGUGCUGUAACGGUCCAGUGGUCCCCAACCUUUUUUUUUUUUUUGUGCUCUUAGGGACAGUAUUUUCACGGAAGGUGGCAUGGGAGGAAGCGCGGUGCACAGUUCACACAGCAUGAUUUAGUCCUGGUUUGGACCUGGUUUAGUCCUGGAUAAAUCUUGUUUUAGUCCUAGUUUAGUCCUGGUUAAAUAUUGUUUUAGUCCUAGUUUAGUCCUGGUUUAGUCCUGGUUAAGACUAGUCAGGCUGGUAACACCUAGUGCUUCCACUUAAUUUAAUUUCUCUCCAGUGACUACAUCAGGAAUCAGAAUACACUUGACAGUUCGCAAAACAGUCAUGAGUUCGGGCACCAGCCAAUCAGCGAAGAGCCAUAUAUUCUGUAUUGGCAUCGAUUCCUGAGAUCAAGGAUUUUGGAAUGUUUGGUGAAUUUUAUCAAGGGGAAAGAUGUUAUUGCCCUCUUCCUACGGAAUUUGGGAAAAGCUUAAUAUAUCAGUUACAUACACCACAACCAAAUAGCAGCGAUUGGUUAAAUACAAAAGUACCCGCCUACUGUUGAGUGAACGAAUCCUAACGCUGCGAGGUCAGACGGUUUCCACAAAGUGAAACCGGCUGAUGAAUCAGGCUAGGUUUAGUCCUGAUUUAGACCUGGUUUAGACCUGGUUUAGACCUGGUUUAGACCUGGUUUAGACCUGGGGCGGUCUACAUGGCGUACAUGAAAAGACACGGCCCACGCGGCGUAUAGGGGGGUUAGCACUUUUGCAGCCUGAUACCAAAGGACUCACGGCCUGGUACUGGUUCAUGGCCUGGGUGUUGGGGACCCCCUGCUGUAACCUGUUUGUUUUACUGUAGUCUACACUAGUUGUACUCUAUAUUGUGAAACAUUCUGGACAAAGCACUAACAUUUCCAUGGAGACAAGCAGGUGGCACUAGAAACUAGAAAACGUGGUGCCCUUUUAAAGCUUCAUUAUGUAACUUUUCUGGUGGAAGGUCCUAGUCCCAGUUGGUUGUCUCAGUUAAGAUGUUGCUUUCUCUGGAAUGUUCCAUAGUAUGGCAUUAAAUCUAUCUGGCAUUCAGUCAGUUAAAGGUGUUUUUAUUCCUGAAAUGAUUCCUGAAAAAAAUGCUUUCUGACUGUCAGCAGGGUCAAUGAGUCUCCACAGAUCUGACCUGUAACUUGGUCUGGUGGCUUCACCUGCUUGUCUCCAUGGAAACAGAUAAUGCCAUAUUAAAUUAUUCACUACCCACCUCUGUAACUUGACACAAAAUCACUUCUAUUUAAAUAAAAAAGUAUGCUAUGAAAAUGUAUUAUCUUUGAAUGGAGAAUGAAUUUAACUGUAUCAAAACUUUUUCAUUUAAAGCUGCAUUGUGUAACUUUUCUGGUGGGGGGUCCGUCACACGCUUUUCUCCAUGGAGAUGCUAUUGUUAUUUAUCCAAAAUGUUCCACAGUAUUGAGCAAAACUAUCAAUCACGAGGGAGGCAAACAGGUUACAGCUCCUCCCCACUUACUCCCAGUGUCUCUUUCUACAUUUCUAUCACCAUAGAAACCAAACCAGACCAAGUUACAGGUCAGAUCUGCGAAGAGGCGACCCCGCUCAGUUAGAAUGCCUGUUUUUCUAGGUAUUUUUGAGCAAUAAAACCAUCUGUAAUUGAAAAAAGCAGUGGCAUAUCCACAGAAACACGCAGGUGACUAACCUCCAACCAAAAAGUUACACAGUGCACCUUUAGGUUGAUUCAUAUUGGCUCAAAUCUAAGGGCUUUUCUCUGUAAUGCCUUGGUCCCCCGUUUAUCCCCCCACACGUAUAUUACUGU